AUGACCGCCAAUGGCCUGCGCACCCAGUACCCCUACGUCGGGGACACGCUCAGUCCCCGCGCCCUCUAUGACUUUCCCUCGCCCACGUCCAACUACCCGUCCGGCAUCAAUGGCACCGCCUCGCCCAGCUUCUUCCCCAUGGCCUACCAGAUCUCCCCGCGCUUCGGUGCCAGCGCCUUCAUACCGCCCCCAGAGGUCUUCGUAGACGGCCGCAGGGAGACCAUCCGCGAGAAUGGCGUCUACACACCGCGAAACUCGGGCAAGCGAAACUCCGACGCGCUGAAUACCGACCCCGUGGCUAUGCAUCUGCUUGUUGAGACGGCAAUCGGAGACAGCCAGUAUUUCGACAUACUCUCGGUCGAGGAGGUGGAGGCGCUCAAGCAGGAGCAGAAGAGCCUGGACACUCGUCUGGGCACGGUCAGGCGGAAGCUGGAGUCGGAGACGAAGAUCCGCGAUGCGACGCGCUCCCUCGGACGGCUGGCGUCGAAGAAGGCAAACGGACACAAGCGCGGGCAGAGCAGCAAGAGCAGCAAAGGCAGCAAUCCCGUGCAGGACUACGACCCCAAGACAGAGGAAGGGCUGGAGUCAAGCAACAAGAAGGUCGAGGAGUUCAUUCGGGAGUGCCUCGAGAUAGAGUCUCGCAUGCGCAUGAUCGACAUGCAACUCCUGAUGCACACUGCGGCUGUACUGCAGCUUACGCACAAGGGACCAAAGCAACGGCAAGACGACUCCGAACUGUCAGAAGACCGCUUCCGCAGACCAGACAGCCCCGCGAGCCUGAAUACCUACGAAGACGGCAGACUCAACGGCGCUUUCGACGAGCGCAGCUUCUACAGGACGCCGGAGAACCUCGACAACCUCAUGAACGUGCUGCAAACCGGCAAGCAUCUCACAGCCUCCACAGAGCGUCACGAUCAAGCCUUGAAUGCGACUGCCACGCGACUCCAGGAGAUCAACGAGCGUCUGAGAUCACUCAUCAUCGAGGCGAACCCCGAGCGUGACGAAGACUAUUCACUGCCACCGCUGGCUCUGGAAGGAACGCCUGACGCGUCAACCCUGGAUCGCCAACUCGAUUUCCUCGAUCAGGGCCUCCGCAGCAUCGCCGCUGAACAGUCCAACAUUCGCAACAACUCAAGGCAUACUCUGAGCGAAGUCGAGGGCCGUCUGGAAGGCAUGAACAACCAACUGUAUGCGGUGAUAUCUCGAUCCGAAAACGAACAGUCCGAUAAGAUCCCACCGCCACCCGCCAUCACCGGCGGUGGUGCUACCGAACAGCUCAACUACAUGGAAGACUCCUUCUACAACCUCGAGCAGAUCCAGUACGCAAUGAAUGAGCAAAUCAAUGAGCUUCGUUCUAAGGGUCCUGCGGUCGACGAGUCCGAGAGCGCUGAGAAGGCUGAGAAGUACGAGACUACAAUCAUGGGCCUCUGGCAGACUAUUCUCACUGGCGAGGAAGAAGCACGCGAACGCAAACGUGAACGGCGCCAGUUGCUUGCCGAAGAUCCCGAUGCCAAUGAACAAGUUUCGCCAGACGAAGACUACGUCAACGAGAGCUACUCUCUUCCGGCCUUCUCUUCAAAAGUGCAAUUGCUGUUCAGGCGAGCGACUAGUCUCAAAGACAAGCAAUCAGUCCUGAUGCGCCAGAUCAAGCAGCAACGUGAACUGAACAGCAAGUCGGACGCACAAAAAGAGGCAGAAUUCGAGCGACUCAAUACCAAUUUGCUCAGCGCAAGAUCUGAGAAGAAGUCCAUGGAGGGUGAGCUCGAGCGUGCAAUGGAACAGCUACAGCAAUUCGAUGAGCAGAAGGUCUCGACUGACACACAGAUCUUGCGCGAGACGCAGGAGCGGAAUGCUGGUCUGGAGGCUCAGCUGAUCAACGUACAAGAGCGAGUGAUGGCCUUUGAGACUGAACUGAACCAGGCCAAGCAACGUGCUGUCGCGUACGAGAACCAGCUCAAGGACGUGCAAGAGCAAGCUGUAAACUUCCAGAGCAAGAUGCAAGAGGCUGAAAAGCGUGCUGCCACAUUUGAGGAGGAGCUGAAGGAUCACCAGGAGCGCAACACCGCAUACAACGUCUCGUCACAAGAGGCUGAGCAACGCACUGCUGGCUACGAAGCCCAGGUUCGGGACGCGCAGGAACGGGCUCUCAUGUUAGAGACCAAAUUGAGAGAUGCCCAGGACGAAGCUCGUACCGAGGCGGCAACGAUCCAGGCUCAACUCGCCAACUCUAUGGAGAAGAUCACAGAGACUGCAGCUGCUCUCGAAGCCGUAACUGCCGAGAAGCAAGCUGCCGAGGCUCGCUCUCUGGACGCAACCAACUCCCUCAAUGCUAAGGAGGAAGAGUUCCGCAACCUCGAAGGCGAAAUUGUUCGUCUUACAACGGAACUCACUUUCGCCAAAGCAGAGCUCGACGGCGCUUACGGUACGCGCGCGCAACGUGCCGCUGACUCCGCUGCCAACCCUGCCAUCAAGCGAGAGCUCGACGAGCUCACCGAGCAAAACCAAGCGCUCCUUGGCGAACUAGAAGCGCUCCGCAAAGUGCAAGACGUUGCCUCACAAUCCGAGGCCGAAGCCCGGCAAUCCGAGCGCAACCUCAAGGCCGAGCUGUCCGGCAUGGCUGCCGAGUACGAAGCCCUCACUCGUGACGCCAUCCAAAACGAGAAGGACCGCGAAGUCCUUGAAGCGCAGAUCGACAAGCUGCGCGACGAAAAGGAGGCUCUUGAGCGCGAGCUCAGUGACGAGAAAGUCAAGUGGCUCGGGGUUAGGAGUCCAGGGCCCGGCAUGCCGAAUGGCGCUGCUGCACAGCUUGACAUGGGCGCGACUAGUAUUCGCAUGCUGAGAGAAGACUUUAGGAAGAUGAUGAGGGAUCGGACGGCCGAGGGGUUGAAGGCGCUGAGGGCGGAACAAGAAGAACGACGAAAGCUCGAAGCCGUUGUCCGGCAGCUACGCAAAGACGCUAUGCCACAACGUUCUCAACUCUCCCGCACUAUGACGACGCCACAAUAA